AUGCGCACGCAGCCGAUCAAGCCUUGCACGGUCAACAUGCUACUCGGCCGCAUCAAGGCCCUUCAGAUGGCGGCCAGGGUAGAGGCGACCCUGUACAAGGAGAAGGAGCUGCAGAUCAUGCAGGACAUCUCGGUUGUCCGGACGGAAGUGCGCGUCAUGGUUCGCGGAAAGAACAAAGCCGACACCAACGUACGCGAGAUCACGCUCGCCGACAUCUUUCUGUACCGCCUUGCUAGCGGGUCGUCGGUGAACCCUGACAACCGGCCAACGGUCAUGGUCAUCGCGCAGCGCAACUCGAAGACGUGCAAGGACGCCCGUCUUCAUCACAGCUACACGGCGAGGCACUUAGAGGCGGAACUGUGUGCUGUGGGCGAUACAAUCCUCUGGCUGCACUUCAUCUACGACCAGGUCCCCCAGAUCUUCGGCGUCCCCAUAAUUCCGCCGCUGGACGUACGCCGACCGGAGCUUUGGUACGACAAGCAUCUCUUCUUCGCCCGCUACGACAAGGAUCAAGGUUUGCUGCCGUUGUCGAGCCAGCAACGAAUCACUCGGCAGCUGUGGACGGCCAACAAGGUUUUCAUCAAGCGCAACGUGCACGCCGCUCGCGCCGGCGGGGCACAAGAGCUGGCUGACCAAGGCACGCCGCGCGCCGAGAUAGCCGAAUUGGGUCACUGGGCUAUUGACAAGAUGACGAGGAGUUACAUCACUUCAAUUCCAGUCGGGGUGGUGAUGAGGAAGGCCGGCUACUCCGGAGCCCGAAGCGACUACUUCCUGGGCCGCAGCAGGCUACCUCCCAGCGCAGACCUCGAAAAAACCAUCGCCGCACACAUAUUUCCCGGCGUCGAGGAACAGUUGGGGGCGGCGGAAGAGCUCGCACAAGGGCCUGAGGCAAACACGGCCGCGGUGCACUUUAUCCAGACCAUGCUGGAUGCACGCCGCAUUGCGGCCGAGGACCUCACGGCGUGGGCGAAGGACAUCGAGAAGAUUGACACCGAGACGAUCGCCAAGCGCCGGUCGCCGAUCCCGACCCAGCCAGCUGAAAUCUCAGCCCGCCUGGACGUCGAAUUUCAAGUCGACCUUCUGAACGAGACGCUGGCCUACGAGAGCCACAAAGCGACGCUCAAGCAGAUGAAGGUGGAGAAGGAGCUCGAGGAGGCGCGUGCUGCUAUCGCGGCGAGGGACGCCGAGAUCUCCCGGCUCAUGGAGGAGCUCAAGAUCUCCGAGGCACGUAGGGCGCCAGCGCCACAGGCGCCUUCUAGGCCGACGACCCUGGAAGAGGAGGCAGCUGCGGCCGCUAAGCAAGCUCAGUUGGACGCCGACGCUCACUACGAGGCCCUGGUUGUCGACCCAUGGAGAAGGGCCGAGACUGUGGCAGAGGCCUGGCGCUUCUGGAAUUGCCCCACCACCACGGACCGCCGGCGUCUCUGCGACAAGAUCAACGAGCCAGGUUUCAUCGGGCGGCACAGCCUCCUGGGCAAGUCGUCGGCCAACGCAAAACAGGGUGAGAUGCGCCGAAUGAGGAGGGCGAUGGAGGCCGUGCGCCGCUUCCGCUCGUCAGACGGAGAGGCCGACACCGCCGCCGUCAUCAAGAAACUCGACGAGCUCGCUGCGUCGGGAAUUGUGACCUUCUGCGAUGCUCUAAAGAUCAUCGACGCCGACGCGCUUCCGAUACGCACGGAGGGGAACCUGGGCAUCAAGGGGCUUUCUAAGGGUGAAAAGCCCAAGCUGACGGUUGCUUGGGGACUGGUGGCGGCGGGAUACAUGACGCACAAGUGGGGCGAGGACAUGUUCCCGACCACGUGGGAAGAGCAGAAAGCUGUGGCGGCCGAAGCGGCCGCGGAGCAGGCCGCUGGAAGACCGCCACCGCUGCCAACGAAGACGUCCAAGCGUCGGAAGCCGGGCUGA